AUGCACGCGAUUAUGCUCCGUAAACUUGAUGGUUAUACACACAUGAUGUAACACUGUCCGCACACGAUUCAAUUCGCCGAACGAAGAGAUAUUGGAAUACAUGGAUUUAUAAUUUCUGUGCCUAUUUACUUGAAAAUAUUGCGAUUGGAGCUGUACUUUCCCGUCCGUUUUUUGUUCACUUCCGUACGCGUACUGCUUUAAUAGUGCGGAACAGAUCGGCUGUCAGAAUCGGAGUUUGUAGCGGGUGCCUGUGGCUGUUGUCUGGGAACAGAGUGUUAUCUGUGAAUGGCGUAAACGCUAUGAGUCUAUAGUUAACCAAUUCGACUUUGCGUUUAUUGUGUUUGAGUUAUUUAUUUCACGUACGUGGGACAACUAGCAACCGAUCUGCCGACACAUACACCGUACGCGCAACUGACAAAAUGGCUGCCAGUGGGCAGACUCUCGUACACUAUCAUGUUUACUUCAGAACUGGUACAUCUUGAACCGUAGAAAGUAGUCUCCCGUACACUAAUAACACCCGCCUGGGUGUAUGGGUGGGUAUUUUAGGCUAGGUUUAUACAAUUUUCCUCGAAGUUGGUAUUUGAAUAGUAUUUGUUGCCUGCGAUCACCGCCAUAUUGAAUUCCUUAAAGGUCAGGGCGAUUACUGGGCCAGUUGCUACUUCCUGCACUGUUUACCGAUUUCUACGGAAUGUAUACAAGUUGUGAAAUUUUCGCGUAAAUGUGAUUAUUGCAAGACCAAAAAGUUAGCCUCGUUGUCAAUUCAACAAAGAAAAUUUAUAUUUGUUACCGAAAAAAUCGCCAAGUUUUAAAUAAUAUGAAAUGGCUUCUGUAAAAACGAGGGCAAGACCGUACAUGAGAGCGUAAGUUGAGUAGAGAGAAGUUAGGGGCAUUUAUUUUUUUUGUUUUCGUAAUAUGAAGCGAGACAAUACAGACAGAAAAAAUCGCCCCAAAACUGUCCCCAGUACGUACGUGGGCAACAGCCAACAAAUGCUACAAGAAAUAAGGGAAAGCUUGAAACACUUGCAGAUCCAACCCGAACAGAACCAGGACCUCUCCAGCAAAAAUCAAACACACCGAGCUGCUUCCUCAGAUAGCGGUAGUUCCCAAAUGGCAGCUCAACAAGGUGCAAGUGGAAGGCAGCAGAACAGGUUUGGUUCUCACCAGAAAGCACUAGCACAGAUCAAGAAUAGUUUGGAACCAUAUCAAACUGUAACACCAAAUGGACUUGACCCGUCGUCGGCCAAAUAUGCUGCCAUGUUGCAAGAUAUGGCAGCUCUAGGAAUAAAUGAGGAUAUGGCUUCAAAGGCACUCAAAAUAUGCAAUUACAAAAGUGUGGAUGAUGCAGUGGACAUAAUUAGAAGAAUACAGAUGAGUGCCAAAAAUGAUUUACUAAGAGGAGGACUGCCAAACGGUUCUCCUACAGUUUCUAGUACUACAGGGUACCCAGUCAAUAGAAAGCCAAGUUUUGAAGAGAGGCCACGGGGAAGUCCGCUACCCUCCAGUGGAGAUUCACAAAGCUACCGAUCUGAUAGUCCAUCAAUUCGCAGUGAUCAGUCCACAUCUCAAAAUAGAUCCUAUCCGUAUUUUCCUGACCCACCAAGGAUUAUUUCAACACCGCCAACAAAUUUGGGAGUAACUAGACAAUGUUCCCCAAGUGGACGGUUGACUCCUCCACGGGGACAAACACCACCUCCCAUGCAACGAGGACAAACGCCACCACCAAUAAACAGAGGACAUACCCCUCCCCCCUCUGAGUUUAGGACAAUACAACAGUUGCAACAACAGUUCAGUCAACAGCCUUAUUCAUUGGGAGCUGGGCAUGUACAGCAGAUGGUGCGAGGAAUUUCGCCAGUGCCGCAGGCAUGGUCGCAAACAUCGAGUACAGCAUCGUCGUCAUCGGGAAUGUCCACGGCAUCAUCAGGUGCGCCUAAUUUUCAACAAAGGAGUGCCUUUAAUUCAACACCAGUCGGUCGCCCACCUGUUAUAAUGGCAGUCCCCACAGCAACUAGAACUGUAUUUCAAACUGAAAAAAUGUUUACUCCUAAUUUACAGGGUGGCAAUGGACAAUUUCAGCCAAAUCCACAAUUGACUCUCCCAUCCAAUGUGUCGCCGCAGCCACAUGUGAUUCAGAAUCAGAGAACCAUUCAGACUACUACACAGACUGUAACCACCCAACAGACUGUGCGGAACAAUCAACAAUACGAGAGUUCGAUCCUUAUACAACCCCCACAGUCGCAGCAACAUGUCAAAACACAAUUGAUCCACCCACAGAAUCAACAUUCACCGUACCAAUCUCUGUCAAUGCAUUCUAAUACCAGUAGUUCCAGUUCACGGCAACCCCUUCCUCCUCCCAGCUAUAUGCAAGCAACACAGUUGCAAAAUCCCCAGCAGCAGCAGCCACCUCCACCCCCUCCUCAAAACUUGGACAACAUCCCAAAUCAAGUGUAUACACAGGUUUCUGCUGGGGUGAACCCGCAAUACAAUUUUCCUAGAAUAAUGACAACUGCGGCUGUGGCGGGAACAACUGCAUCUCAAGUUAGUCCACAGAAUAUAGGCACCAUCCAUCCCCCGAUGCAACUACAAUUGCAGCCCCCUCCACCACAAAUGCAGCCACCAGCCCACGGAACAAAUUUGUCACAGCAGAAUUCAAAUGAACAAUAUCGUAGCACCGCACAUAUAUUAAUUUCUCCUGCUGCUAGUUCGGCACAGUCCCCGCCCCUGCCCCAGUCGCAGAUGCAGCCCCAACCCCAACCCCAACCAGUUCACUCAGCGGCUACUGCAAUAAUAAGUGCUGCACUACGGAGGGCACCACCGCCAAGCUAUGAAGAAAGUCAACAGUACAAGCAGCAGCUCGCCAGUCAACAGUUGCAGCAGCAAUCACGGGCACCCAUCCCGCAGAAUAUGUUCUAUAACGAAAAUGACAGUAAUUUGUUUCAAUCAAAUGGGUCUGAUAACAGUCAGGAACAACAGCAACAAAAUAAAGUCACGAUUGUUAUACCAAAUAUGAAUCAACCGAACAGGCAAGGUCCAACUAUACAGCUUACGUUGGAGUCAUCCCCCAAUCAAACUGUCAAAACAACCUCCAAGGAAACCACAACAACAUCACAGACUGUAACUACUACAUUUAAGAAACAUGGAAUGAACCAAACGCCAGCACCUUCGGGUGCGCUUUCACCGGGAUCAUACUCACCAACACCUAUUAUGCAUUCAGUGAAAAGUACAUUAGUUCAAAAACCUGUAUUACAAACUGCUCAUGCCCCAGAUCAUCCGCAUCCGCCCUUGCAAAGGAGAUUAUCAUUAGAUAGUAUAAGUUUACCCAGCACUCACAGCAAUCAGAGCUGUCAUGGAUCAACACCCAGGUCAGAAUCUCCCAAUUUGCAAAGUUACUCACCGCUUACUAUCGCAGAAACGAACUCAACAGCGUCGGAUACGCCAAGUGAACCCCCGCCACCGUAUGAGGGAUAUGUGCAUCAUAAGAUUGAAUCUCCAGUUCCUGAAAGAAAAAAGAAACGUGACGAUUACUGCCGCGAGCUGAGGGUAAAAAGUUACUCCCCUCAAGCGUAUAAAUUUUAUAUGGAACAGCAUGUGGAAAAUGUACUGAAAUCUCACCAACAGAGAGUUCAUAGGAGAGUACAAUUAGAAACUGAAAUGGCCAAAGUCGGGCUUUCCGAGGAAGCGCAGGCCCAAAUGCGACGGAUGCUCAGUCAGAAAGAAUCCAAUUACAUUCGACUAAAGCGAGCGAAAAUGGAGAAAAACAUGUUCAAGAAGAUAAAAACUUUGGGUGUGGGGGCAUUUGGGGAGGUUGCCCUUGUUCAAAAAAAUGACACCAAUGCUUUGUAUGCGAUGAAAACUCUGCGAAAGUCGGAUGUCUUGCGGCGAAAUCAAGCUGCGCAUGUGAAAGCUGAGCGAGACAUUUUAGCAGAAGCUGAUAAUGAGUGGGUUGUUAAACUGUACUACUCAUUCCAAGACCGUGAUAAUUUAUACUUCAUCAUGGAUUACAUCCCAGGGGGAGAUCUAAUGAGUUUACUCAUCAAAUUUGGGAUCUUUGAGGAAGACCUAGCCAGGUUUUACAUUGCGGAACUUGUCCUUGCGAUUGAGAGUGUUCACCGGAUGGGAUUUAUUCACCGUGACAUAAAACCGGAUAACAUAUUGAUUGACAGAGAUGGACAUAUCAAAUUGACCGACUUUGGACUCUGUACUGGAUUCAGGUGGACGCACGACUCAAAGUAUUAUCAACCAGAUGGCCAUGCUCGGCAAGACAGUAUGGAUCCCUCACUAUGGGAAGGCUACGCUUACGACAUCACGGAAGAUAUGUCAAAACCAUUAGAAAGGAGGAAAUACAGACAGCAUCAGAAAGCGCACUCGUUAGUUGGAACGCCAAACUACAUUGCUCCUGAAGUCUUGAUGAAAACAGGUUAUCGACAGCUCUGUGAUUGGUGGAGUGUUGGUGUCAUACUGUAUGAAAUGUUAGUUGGACAACCCCCGUUUUUAGCACAAACACCAGCAGAAACACAACUUAAGGUAAUAAACUGGAACAGCACGCUGUUAAUUCCGAAAGCUGCUAACUUAUUAUUUGAAUCAGAAGAUCUCAUUUUGAGGCUUUGCACUGGACCUGAGAGAAGGCUCGGAAUGAAUGGUGCCGGAGAAAUUAAAGGACAUCCUUUCUUUAAGCAUGUAGAUUGGGACAAAGGACUUCGACAUACGGAUGCGCCGUAUAUACCAAAAAUACGACACCCUACUGAUACAUCAAACUUUGAUCCGGUGUCGCCGGAUAAACUACGGAACAGUUCAGAUAGUAAUGAUAGUGAUGAUAGAAGUUUCUGGGACUUUGACAAUGGCAAACAUCCAGAGCAUGCCUUCUACGAGUUUACAUUCCGGCGGUUCUUCGAUGACGGUGGCCAUCCGUUACCGCAGUGGAACUCAUUUGAAAGUGAAGACGACGGACCCAACCAAUCAAACAGUAGUAGUAGCGACAGUAUACACACCGUCAAAACCGAACAAGACAAACCAGUGUAUGUGUAGUCACGAACUAUGUUAAGUUUGUGUACCAUACCCGACAAAAAAGAAAUAAUAUUGAGCCAUGUAAACAUUAUUUUCUGCAGUGUCUGAACUUCUGUAUGCAACAGACGAUUAGAAUUAUAUGUACCGGUAUAUGACAUAGAAAUCUCAAAUUUGUUGGUUUUAGCCAAGAUUAUGUGUCGUACUGCGAUACGCCUCUCCAUAAAUGCCUAGCCGUGCUGCUAGUAAUAUCUCAUUACGGGUAAAUUUGAUUGGUUGAAUUAAAAUUCUAUUCCCAUUCAGAGCAGUCAUCUGGACAUCACUGAGAGAUUACAGGGAAUAAUUACUUGAAUGGGUAAUGAGAUUUUACUAGCAUCAAAGUUAGCCAUUUGUGGAGUGGUGUAUAGUAAGCAGUAUGUCAACUACCACAAAGAUGUGAUAAAUCCAGUACCCUCUCACUGUUUCAUUUCUAAGGAAAUUAUAUGUCAAUAUAUUCAUUUUAGCACUUGUUGCAUGCAAGGGAUUCUGGGAUACUGUGGAAUUCUGGGAUAGUUCAAAUGGAUGAAGACAGGAGACUUCAUCUUUUUUGAGAAGGGAUUUUAUUUGCAUUCCAAAAGCUGGUCUUUUGGGGCAAAAAAAAUGUUUUUUUUUAUUGAGCAAGAUGGUAUAUAUCCUUUGGGAAUUCGACUAUUUUUUUGUCGUUACUGCUGUCUAUAUCUGAUGGGAGAGUUCUGGGGUAAUUUUUUUUUUAUAAACUGUGCAUACUGUAUGCAAGUUUGGUGCAAAUAUUCGUGUUUGCUUUCGAUGUGUAAAUGGUGAAAUGUUCAUAGUUUAUUACAUGUUGUGAGUUUGUACAUAGGGACAUGUAAAUAGCGCUGGUGUACACAAGUUUAUAUCAGCCAAACGCCAGUCCAGAUAAUUUUAAACAAUUAUAGUAGAAAAUUUUGUUUUGCUACAAAGUUUAUGCAAAUACCAUUUUGGGCUAAAUAUUUUUUUUUUAUCCAUGUGUAGAACUCAUAAAAGAAUAUGCAAUGCUAGCGAGACGAGUAAUCGCAAGUUGUCACAUUCACAGACUUUGGGUGUAGCUGAAAAAGAAAGAUUUUAUCCAGAGGCUAUCGUUUUGUUACAAAAACAAUCAUGUUGGGGAGAAAUGCUGAUUCUAGCAUCCAAAUUUAUAGGAUUAUUUUACACAUUCAUGUUGCUUAUCACUCCUGUUUUGCAAAUCAUCCAUAAAGUUGUUUUCCUCCCACUACAUGUUACAUGUUGUUCCUCCCUCCUUAAUGUUACAAGGACUCCCAUUGUUUUCAACUGACAGACUGAACCAUUUUGUAGCUAUACGGGGGUGGAGCUUGGUAAAUUGAGGGAUAGUUGUGCCACUUUCAUGUUACAGUACAGAUUAUUUUUCACUACAAAAUAACUUUCCAAAAAUGAACUUGUUAUUUCUCUGUUGAAAAUCAGUUAAUAUCGAAAUCAAAAUAAAGUUAUUUCAAAGGGGGUUCUGCUGAUGACAGUUCUUAUCAAAAUCUUUUUGUUGGGAAAGUGUUUUUAAACUGUUUUGUUCACACAUUGGUGUGAUAGAUCUGUAACUUUCAUUUGAAGGAAAAGCAAUAAUUGUACUAAAUGUUUUUGCUGCUAUAAAUUUCCUGAUGAUUUUCCUGACCACUUGACAGUUACGAAAAUCUGUCUUGUGAAACUAAAUCAAUUUUACAGUAACAUUUUCUUGGUUUACCAGCUGUUUGAAAAAGAUUUCUCUGACUAACCACUCAGAUGGCAGUGUGGGAAAAAUAACUGAAAUUUUCACUAAAGAGUGUUGAAUUCGUACCGAUACCCAAAACAAAAACUAUUUAAAAUGUGGUACAGUGCAUCCAGUAAAAAGAUUUGAAAACCCUGUAUGUCGUACAUUCCACUGCCAAUGUUUUUAAACAUUUGAUGCAAACAUUUGUCCAAGGGGAUUCAUCCAAAUUAUAAAUCUAUUUCCAUCUACGUGUAAUUGUCACUUUUUUAACCGAUUUGACACAGAAAGGCUUCCUUGGAAGGUCAGUGAUCUUGUGAUCCUCCAUUUCAUUGUAUUGCAUGUAUUCAGUAUUGGUAGAUUGGCAGUCUGCAAGCUGUGACCAGUGGAAGUAACCACUCGCGUAUUUAGGUAAAGUACGCAGUAAGCACAUAUGGGAGGAGUAUUAGUAUUCUAUCUUCACAACUGCUGAAUGGGAUAAAAUUGAUAUAUUUAAUUUCGGAAUUAAGGUCAUACCCUUAAAUGAUUUAUUCAUGAAAGGCCCCUCUAUUCAAAACAUGGAAAUACGAGAACAUUUCUGGAGAAUGGCACCUACUCAACUGUAAACAUUCAAUCAGCCUGGUUGUAGCAUCUGCUCACUUACGAGGCUAUAGCGUGUGGCACAAGCAUGUCAGAUAUUUCUGAUUUGGUACAAGGAUGGUAUUAAAAUGCUUUUUCCUGGAAAUUGAACAAAGGAAUGUCAAAAUUCUAUGAAUAAAUUGUUGGAAACACUUAAAUUUCUGUGGUCCCCCUAAGCUGAUUAUGAAAAGGAGGUAUUACAGGUAGUCGUGCUUGUUUUGUGGUAGAUUUCCCACUAAGCAUUCAAUAUUGCUUUUGAGGUGCUCUAGUUGCAAGGAAAAACAAAUCAAGUAUAAACUGAAUAACAGCAAUUUGAAAUAUUCAUUUUCGCAAAACUGUAUAAUCACUGGUCUACAUGCUGAAACUCCUUUCUACCAAUAGAAUCAUGUCAUUCAAGUUCAUGCUAGUUAAUUAAUCUGUACCAACUAGUUCAAUUGAUUUAAGGGUAUUUGGGCUUGCUUAACUAGCAUGAAGGACUAUUACCGGUAAGUAGAUUAUUUCAGCAUUGGUUACUUGCAUUAACCAGUGGAAUUAAUAAAAGUUGACUUUCGUCAAGGUUGCUCCAAUUAUGAUUUCAAUAUUGACAAAGCUAAAUAUUUUGUGUCUUGUAUCCGAUGUGGAUUGAUGUUUUCUUUCCAGUCUUGACAUUGUAAACAAUGGUAACAUUCUGUGUAAAAUGGAAGGUAACUACAAUUCAGCAAUGUGGGGAAUACUUUAAAUAAACAAAAUAUUUGUAUUGA